AUGAAAAUCAUGGAUAACCCACAAAAUGAAAGUGUACAUCGAGAAAGAAGAGAAAAUAGGGUAGAAGACCUUCAUUUAGAUCGAGUAGUGGCUUCCCAACCAGAAAUUGGACCUACUCCUCCAGAUGGAGGAUACGGCUGGCUUAUUGUUUUUUCUGCGAUGAUAUACCACAUAACAGUACCAACAGUACUGGUUUUAUAUGGACUGGUAAUUUUAAAGUCAAUCCGAGAGGAAGACCAUGAUUUAAAUGAAAAAAUAAAAAUUUGGGAUGACGAUAUAGCAUUAGUGCCUGUUAUUAUGGUGGUAAUAAAACUUCUCCUGGAAUCCUGGUGCAGAGUAAUGGUCAAAAUAUUCAAUAUGCCAAGGUUCACAGCGCUAGCUGGCUUGUGUUUAACUGUGGCAGGAGUGCUAAUAUCCAGUUAUUCGACUAAUAUAAACCGCCAUGAUCAUAUUGUUAAUAUUUUCGCAGGAAUAUUUGCUGGUGCUGGAUGUGCUUUAACUGGACAACAAACAGAUGUUAUCAUUACGCAUUAUUUUAGAGAAAAGCUCACUAUAGCACAAAGACUCGUGCGCAUGGCUCCUUCCCUCGGCAACGUCAUAGUGUCACUCAUCUUAUAC